UGUUGCGCACGCCCAACGACCGAAGGAGAGGCAGCGAAGCAGGUAAGUUAGAAUGCGAAUUGUCAGACGCUCGAUGAUGCGUUUGGGGCUGCGGGACAUCGGACAUUUCAAGUAGCACGAUGAGGUCGUAUCGCAUCGAACCUGCCAAGUCGACGAGUUCUCAGCCGACCGUUUGGACUAUUACCAAAAGAUCGGCCAAGGCCAAUGGCGAGAACAGGAACGCCAAGACAGCCAAUUCGCCGAGACGCGCCAGAGACGAGUCUCUAAAGAUGGACGCCAUGCCCGUUGACGUGUCAAGACCGAGCGCCUCGAAUUCCGGAGCGAACCUGAUCGAGAGCGCAAGAAGUUUCCACUGCGCCCUCAGGCCGAUCAUCGUGCUGGCGCAGGUGUUCGGUGUUUUUCCGGUGAGCGGUGUCAUGUCGGCGAGCGCCUCCAGUCUGAGGUUCACUUGGCGGAGCGUGAGAAUCGUGUACUGCGUGGUGUCGGCGACUGGCUCGAUCAAUCUCAUAGUGUUUAGCAUCUACCGCCUGGCAACGACAGCCAUCACUUCCAGCAAAACAAGUAAUUUGGUGUUCGCCUUGACGGCCGGGACCACGAAUUUGCUGUUUCUCAAACUGGCGCGCCAGUGGCCGAGCUUUGCCGUCUCCUGGGAGAAUAUGGAGCGCGAGCUCGCCGCCCGACACAGCCCGCACCGGCAGAGCUCCCUCAAUCUCGCGCUCAAGUUCAAGAUACUCAGCGCGGUCGUGAUGGUGCUCGCGCUCGUGGAGCACACUCUGUCGAUUCUGUCGGGAUACUUCAGCGCGCUCGAGUGCGCGAGCAUUCGCGGCGACCGGAACGUCAUGGCCACUUAUUUCAUGUUGCAGUUCCCAGGCAUGUUUACCCAUCACAACUAUGCAUUCUGGAAGGGAUUUAUCGUCCAAUUCAUCAACUUUCUUAGUACGUUCUCCUGGAAUUUUAUGGACCUUUUUCUUAUCCUUGUUAGCGUCGCCCUCACCGACCAGUUCAGGCAGCUCAACCACCGACUCUACUCAAUUAGGGGCAAGUACUGUUUCAUGGUAAAGUCGAUGCCUGACUGGUGGUGGGCCGAGGCGCGCAUCGACUUCAAUCGACUGGUCACGAUGACGAGACGCGUCGACUCCAAGAUCUCCGAUAUCGUUCUGCUCUCUUUCUCCACCAAUCUGUACUUCAUCUGCAUCCAGCUGCUCAACUCCUUCAAACCGAUGCCGAACGCCAUCCAGACAAUCUACUUCUGCUUCUCUUUCGGCUUCCUGCUGUCGAGGACGGCGGCAGUGUCGUUGUACGCGGCCACGGUGCACGACGAGUCGCUGCUGCCCGCGCCCAUACUGUACAGCGUCUGCAGCGAGAGCUACUCCAGAGAAGUGCGCAGAUUUCUGACGCAAGUCACCACGGAUAACGUCAGCCUCACGGGAAUGAAGUUCUUCUCGAUCACUCGAAGCCUCAUUCUGACUGUAAGUACGUUUGUCGCCGGUACUAUCGUCACUUACGAGCUUGUGCUCGUUCAGUUCAAUGCGGUGCAGUCGGAUCACCAACAGAACUCCAACAUCACAAAAGUUUGCGAGUCCGAGGGAGCGUCGUCUUUCACUGACGCCAAAAUUGAAGAGUUUUAAAAAUGUAUUUAACGGAUUGCAUUGCAGAAGAAAACAAAUAUUCAAUAAUGAAUUUCUUUUUAAACGACAUGAAAUUUG